CUCUCUCUCUCUCUCGGUAGACGCCGCAAGUCAGUCGUCGUCGCGUUCGAUCUCAUUUACGCCCGCUCGCGAGCUUGAAAUUGUCCUCCGCGGCCGUGUAAUAAGUCGUCGCGCCGCGCGAAACGUCAAACGUCAAACGUCAAAAUCGCGCGCGCUCUCGCGCCGCCGCGCCUCGCGGUGAAGAUGCGGUGAAGUGAGCGAGGCGAGCGAGCAAGCGUGCGCGAGUCGAGUCUUUGCUUCACGGAAAUCGGCCAUCUUGCUUAGUACACGGUUAGACCUCGUAACGGACGGCCACUCGCCUCCGUCAGCCACCCUCCUCAGGGCGGUCGUACGUGCGCGGGCGGUGGCGGAGAACGAGAAGAAGGAUCUUUCGCAGCCAGCGGUGACAGCUCCUAGAUGUUAGUGCGGAAUCUCGCAUAGAAGAGAGAGAGAAAGAAAAGCGCCCCCUUCGUGUGUAUGUGUCGGGGCGCCCUAGCGUGCGUGUAAAAAUUCUCCCGUUCGGUGUCAACGACGAUACAACGCGACGACAGGAUGGCGGGCAACACGGGUAUGGAACAAUUGAUCCCGAUUGUCAACAAGCUCCAGGAUGCCUUCACCCAGCUCGGCGUGCAUAUGCAGCUCGAUCUGCCGCAGAUCGCCGUGGUGGGCGGCCAGAGCGCGGGCAAGAGCUCUGUACUCGAGAACUUCGUCGGCAAGGACUUCUUGCCUAGAGGUUCCGGCAUUGUGACAAGGAGACCACUUAUCUUACAGUUGAUUAACUGUUCAACUGGUGAUUUUUUGCAUUGCAAAGGCAAGAAAUUUGUAGAUUUUGAGGAAGUGCGAAAAGAAAUUGAAGCUGAAACAGACAGAGUGACUGGCAGUAAUAAGGGCAUCUCUAAUAUACCAAUUAAUCUUAGAGUAUAUUCACCCAAUGUCUUGAAUUUGACAUUAAUUGAUUUACCUGGACUUACAAAAGUACCGAUUGGAGAUCAGCCGGCAGAUAUAGAGGCCCAAAUUAAAGGCAUGAUAUUUCAGUUUAUCAAACGUGACUCUUGUCUAAUAUUGGCAGUAACACCAGCCAACACUGAUUUGGCUAAUAGCGAUGCUCUUAAACUCGCUAAGGAAGUGGAUUUGCAAGGUGUACGUACAAUUGGUGUCAUUACUAAGUUGGAUCUCAUGGACGAUGGCACUGAUGCAAGAGAUAUUUUGGAAAAUAAAUUAUUACCAUUAAGAAGGGGUUACAUUGGUGUAGUCAAUAGAAGUCAAAAGGAUAUAGAAGGUCGAAAGGAUAUAAAAAAUGCUUUAGCUGCUGAGCGAAAGUUCUUCCUCAGUCAUCCGUCUUAUCGUCAUCUAGCAGAUAGGCUGGGUACACCAUAUUUGCAGAGAGUUCUAAAUCAGCAGUUAACAAAUCAUAUCAGGGACACCUUGCCAGCUCUAAGAGAUAGAUUACAAAAGCAACUGUUAACUUUAGAGAAGGAUGUCGAGCAGUAUAAACAUUUCAGACCUGAUGAUCCUGCGAUCAAAACGAAGGCUAUGUUACAGAUGAUACAGCAACUUCAAUCAGAUUUUGAGAGAACUAUAGAAGGCUCAGGCUCUGCACAAAUUAAUACUAUGGAACUCAGUGGCGGCGCGAAAAUUAAUAGACUUUUCCACGAGCGUUUCCCGUUCGAAAUUGUUAAAAUGGAAUUUGAUGAGAAAGAAUUAAGGAGAGAAAUUGCAUUUGCCAUCAGAAAUAUACAUGGUAUCAGGGUAGGAUUAUUCACCCCAGACAUGGCUUUUGAGGCAAUAGUCAAAAAGCAAAUAAAUAGACUUAAAGAACCAAGUCUCAAAUGUGUAGACUUGGUUGUGCAAGAACUUAGUAACGUCGUACGCAUUUGUACAGAUAGGAUGUCGCGUUAUCCUAGACUAAGGGAAGAGACAGAACGUAUCAUAACAACGUACGUAAGGCAGCGCGAACAAAUGUGUAAAGAGCAGUUGGUUUUGUUGGUUGAUUGCGAGCUCGCAUACAUGAACACUAAUCACGAAGAUUUCAUCGGUUUUGCGAAUGCACAGCAAUCCUCGGAAAAUUCUGUUAAAUCCGGACGGCACACAUUAGGCAACCAAGUAAUUCGCAAAGGUUACAUGUGCAUACAUAAUCUCGGUAUUAUGAAGGGCGGUUCGAGAGAUUACUGGUUCGUUUUAACAUCGGAGAGUAUCUCCUGGUUCAAGGAUGAAGAAGAACGUGAAAAGAAGUACAUGUUGCCUUUGGAUGGACUGAAACUGCGUGAUCUGGAACAAGGUUUCAUGUCGCGACGUCACUUAUUUGCGUUAUUCAAUCCGGAGGGAAGAAAUGUGUAUAAGGAUUACAAGCAACUGGAGUUGAGUUGCGAAACUCAAGAUGAUGUUGAUUCUUGGAAGGCUUCUUUCCUGAGGGCUGGUGUGUAUCCCGAGAAAUCAACAGAGCAAGCAAAUGGCGAAGGAGAGGGUGGACAAGAGAGUCAAUCAUCAAUGGAUCCUCAAUUGGAGCGUCAAGUGGAAACUAUCAGGAAUUUAGUAGAUUCUUACAUGAAGAUUGUUACGAAAACUACUCGUGAUCUGGUUCCAAAGACAAUUAUGCACCUUAUUAUUAACAACGCUAAGGACUUCAUUAAUGGGGAAUUGUUGGCACAUCUUUAUGCGAGUGGUGAUCAGGCUUCCAUGAUGGAAGAAUCCCCCGAAGAAGCGCAAAAACGGGAAGAAAUGUUACGCAUGUAUCAUGCAUGCAAAGAGGCUCUUCGUAUCAUCGGAGACGUCUCCAUGGCUACUGUUUCAACUCCAGUACCACCACCUGUAAAGAAUGAUUGGCUGGCAUCCGGGGAAAAUCCAAGAUUAUCGCCACCAUCUCCUGGUGGUCCAAGACGCGGAGUGACACAGCCACCACCUCUUUCUAGCUCACGAGCACCACCACCAGUACCUGCAGGCGGUCGGCCAGCACCAGCCAUUCCUAAUAGACCUGGUGGCCCGGGUGGACCACCACCAACACGAGCUAACCCUGGCCUACCUCCACCUAUGAUACCAUCUCGAGGGGGUGGUCUACAGCAGAGGAUGACGCAAGCUGCGACACAGGCUGCGACGCAGGCCGCCAUGCACGAGCUGAUGGAUGCGUUCAAGAUCAAGUAAAUAGAUAUCCACCAAUUGAAUUGCGAGUUGUAUCCCUCUAACGAUAUUAUAUAUAUAUAUAUAUAUAUAUAUAUAUAUAUAUAUAUAUAUAUAUAUAUAUAUACAAUAUAUAUAUGAGUAUUCAUUUAAAUUGUGUGCGCAGUAGAUGGUAGACUAUUCAGGGUUGAGAAUGAACUAAUUCCAAUGUUUCCUCUAUACUACUUUAAAUAGAUCUUUAUUAACGAAACUUUGCAGAAAAUUUAAUUUACUAAUUUGAUCCCUUUUCGUCUCCUACGUCUUUCGGUUCUUCUUGCAUGAUACUUCAUGAAUUCCAUUAACGGUUAUGUCUUUGGUAUUAUUAAAUUUGUACACACAUGUGUGUACAAAUAUUUAUUUAUAUGCAUACUUGUAUAGGAAAUAAUCCUAUAAUCUGUAUAUUAUAGUACAAAAUAUAUAUCUGUAUUAUAGGAAACGAAUAUAUAUUUAAGCACUCUAUACUCCUAUCUAGCAAUAUUCUAUAUUACCUUGAAUGUUCUUAGAAGAUUUAAUUAUGGUAAUUUCCAAAGUCACUAAUCGAGCAAUAAAAAUACGUUUAACGCUUCAAAACUGGAAUCAAAGUGUAAUGUUCAAAGAAACGCUACGAAUUAAAAUAUAUACAUAUAUAUAUAUAUAUAUAUAUAUAUGUAAAAAAAAUUGGCCCCUAUAAUGUAGACAUUAGUACAAUUAACCCCAUUUCAUUGUUAUUUUCACACCAUAUAAAAAGUGUGGAAACUUGCACGUAGUCUCGUUAGUGAAUCUAGAGCAGAAUAUAUUAUCAAUUUUCUUCUAAAACUAAAACAAUGUAUUUGCAUCCAGUGAAUCUAUCCUGGAAAGUCUACCAGAACCCGAUAAUGUGAUCGAUAGUAGAUCUUCGCAUUGAUUGUAAAGAACAUUUCCAUCGUUGAAGAGCGAGUCCGAUAUAAAUAUUGUGGUAUGAUUACGUCUGAAUUGCAUCUCUGAUAUAUUUAAAUUAUGAGUAUUGAGGGAAAUGUCGAACAUGUGUCGUCGGCGAGAUAAUAAGAUAAAUGAGAAAAUGUCAUGCUGUUGGGAAAGUAGCUAAAGCUUACGCGCGAAUAUAUAUCCAGCUUGCUUUUUUUAAAGCUUUUUUUAACGACAAAAGUAUUGUACUACACAUAAUAUCGCGUAAAGAGUCUCUCUAUUUCUCUUUACUUCCUAUAAACGUUUGUUACUUUUUUUUAAUAGCCAUUAAAAAAUAUAUAUAUAUAUGCGCCAUAUAUAAGAAAAUUAUAUAAGAGGAAAGAAAAAUAUUACGUAAUUCUUAAUGAUAUAUAAACAAGGAAAAAAAUAUGCUCAGACAUAGGAUGUGAUAUAGCGUAGAAUGCUUCGAGGAUUUUGCAUGAAAAUCCGGAGUUACGAAAUUCUCUCUAUCUCCCCUGUUUCACCUUUCCAUUCUUUUUUCCAUCCCUUCUCUCUUUCUCAAUAGUUUAAACUAAUGAUAACCGCACUUAUCGAAAAUAAUAAUAAUCAUAAUAUCACAUACAGUGUGUAUAAUGAAUAUACAUCACAUUCAGUAGGCACAUUCAGGAGCGACGUUAUAUAUUUUGUGUAAUUUAUAGUUAUUUCCUCCCCCUGAUUAUGCUUGCGAUUCAACUAUGUAUGUAUAUAAGAUAAAUUUUUGUUAAAUAGAAAUACUUUUUGGCGUAUUCGCAAAGCAACGACGUGCUUCAAAGUUUGUAUAGUGCGCAUAAUUCUUGUACGAAAUUUUUACGUGCGAAAAAAAAGAUAGUAAAUAAUACGACACGCAGCUUAUAUAUUAAAAUUUGCAAUGUGUUAUUUGGAAAUUUUUGUCAAGUUUGAGAUUGUACUAUACAUAAGGGUGAUAUCUGCUCUCAUUUCAAGUAUGUUUGCGCAAUGAUUCGGAAGAGACUCAAGGGCGAUAAUCGAAGUGCAAUUAAUAAGAAAAGAAGAUAUUUUUUGUUACAAUAAUAUAUAGAACGUCUCCUUGGAUAGAUAAUAAAUUUAGAAGAACAAUGUUGGCAGAAGACUCGUAUUUUUCGUGUCAUUGCGCUGUUCGUAUUCUAACUGAUAGUCACAGAAUCUAAUAACUCGGAGGCAGAGAAAUAAUCCAUAACGCUAGCCACAGAUGAUAUACUAUUGUAAUGUAUAAGACUUAUAUUCUCCAUUCAAAAUUGUGUCAAUCAAGAAGGCCUAAUAAUAUUCCUUGCAGAUGA